AGAGCCCAGUGCUAACCUGUAGUCUGCAGUCAUGCCUCUGGUGUUGUGUGUCGUAGUCGUGCUGUUCGGGUGUCCUCUUGGGAAGAUGUUUGUUCUCCAUCCUACACCUGAGGCAUUUGCUGUGAAAGCCAACAGAUGCAGAGAACUGGAAAUCAGGAAAAUCCUUCUGGAAUCUUUAAACCUCCAACAGGAACCUCGUGUGUCCAUGUCGAAGAUGAAUCGUCUGCGUAACCAGUGGAAAGCCAAUUACAAAAGCACCACGCCAUCCUCACCAGGAGGUAACUCAACAUUCACUGAGGACUCCAGAAUCUCAACGUGCUGCAAACAUUCCUCGCAGGUUUUCAUUAAAGAUCUGGGCUGGGACCGCUGGGUGGUUUAUCCAGAGAGCAUCACUUUCGUCCAGUGCCAAUCCUGCUCUGAGAGUCCAGGCGCGUCGGCACAGUGUUGUAAGCCGACCGCUCACGACAUCGUCCUGUUUCUCUACAUGGAUGAAUGGAGCAGUUUGGUUCUGUCCUCAGUGAGUCUGACCCGUGAGUGCGGCUGCGACCCUGGAGAGAAAACACAGGAUCCUGAGGUCAUGGCCCUGUCUUAGAAAGCCUUCCUUACCCACUGGUCACGCUGAUCUGUGUGAUUAUUGGCACAGAGCAACAGAAAUAAAGUUGAGGAGCACAGCUCUUGGGAUUUGUAGGUUUA